AUGUCCGCUACAAUCAUCCACGUCGGGGAAAACUCGGAGAAGGACUCUAAGCCCCAGACCGUGUCGGUUCCCGAUAUCCAACUUUUAGGUGAAGGCAGCCCCGGUGUUCGGAGGAUCGAGAUUAUCACGUCUCACUUCCGCCUGGUUGAUCGUAUCUUCCUCUUUGCCAGUGUGUUUCUGGUUGCUUAUGUUUACGGUCUUGACGGAACUGUUCGCUAUACCUACCAGCCUUAUGCCACACAGAGCUAUGGCCAACACAGCUUGCUCGCGACCGUCAAUGUUUUGCGGGCCGUUAUUGCCGCUGCCGCUCAGCCUACAGCAGCCAAAAUUGCGGACGUUUUCGGCAGAAUCGAACUGAUCAUCGUUUCAAUCUUUUUCUACACCCUCGGUACUAUUAUUGAGACAUUUGCGAAGAAUAUGGAAACCUUUUGCGCAGGCGCAGUGAUCUAUCAAAUUGGAUACACUUGCAUCAUGCUCCUUGCCGAAGUACUCGUGGCCGAUGUGACUUCCACUCGAUCCCGUCUUCUAUUCUCCUUCAUUCCGGCCCUUCCCUUCAUUAUCAACACAUGGAUAAGCGGAAACUUGACAGCUGCUGUGCUCAAGGUCACUUCAUGGCGGUGGGGUAUCGGCAUGUUCGCGAUCAUCUACCCCAUCUGCACUCUUCCCUUGAUCACGGUUCUGCUCAUUGUUCAGCGUCGUGCGAGAAAGUCUGGUCAAUUGAAGCCCUAUAAGAGCUCUUUUGAGCUCCUCGGAGGUCGUCGCCUUCUUAUGGAACUGUUCUGGCAUCUUGAUGUCGUCGGACUCAUUUUAAUGAUUGCCAUGCUUGCAUGUAUUCUCGUUCCCUUCACUAUUGCUGGCGGUGUCACGGCACAGUGGAAAACAGCCAAGGUUAUCGCACCACUUGUGAUUGGUGUUUUGUUGAUUCCGGUCUGGGUCUUCUGGGAGAAGACUUGCCAGUAUCCUAUGCUCCCUUUUAAGCAUCUUAAGGAUCGUUCUGUCUGGGGCUCUCUUGGAAUCGCAGUGAUGUUGAACACUGCCUGGUACCUCCAGGGUGAUUUCCUGUACACCGUGCUCUACGUUAGUUUCGAUGAGUCGAUCCUGAGUGCUACCCGAAUUUCCUCACUCUACAGCUUUACAUCGGUCAUCGCUGGCGUUAUUCUUGGAUUCAUCGUGAUUAGAGUCCGCCAGUUAAAGCCAUUCAUUGUUUCUGGCACUGUUCUCUUCAUGGUAGCCUUCGGGAUUCUGAUUUAUUACCGUGGUGGUGCUGGCAGUUCCAACCAUUCCGGAGUAAUUGGUGGCCAGAUUCUUCUGGGUAUUGGUAACGCUGACUGUUUGGCAGCUGGUGGUAUGUUUUCGUACCCGGCUCAGGCUAGUAUCCAAGCCGCAUCGAAGCAUGAGCACCUGGCCGUUGUGACUGGAAUCUACCUCGCUUCGUACAACGUAGGAAGUGCGCUCGGUAACACCAUCUCUGGUGCCAUUUGGAACCAGGUCCUCCCAUCCGAGUUGGAGCACAGACUUGGAAACACAACCCUCGCCGCCCAAGUCUACGCGGAGCCUCUUGUGUUCGCGGCCGCGAAUCCAGUCGGCAAUCCUGAUCGCGACAAUGUCAUUCUCGCAUAUCAGCAUACCCAGCGUCUGCUUUGCAUUACGGGUAUUUGUCUGACGAUUCCGCUUAUUGCAUUUGCCCUCUGCAUUCGCAACCCUAAGCUUACCAAGGAGCAGACCUUGGCUAAGGCUGAGGAGUACGCCAGUAAUGAUGCGGACUCUGUUCGUACCUGA